AUGCAUCUCGUCCUCACCGGUGCCACCGGGCUCGUCGGUUCCGCCGUCCUCCAGACCAUGCUCACCACACCCUCAAUCUCCAAGAUCAGCAUCUUAUCACGCAGACCAGUGGCACAGGCAGAGGGAUAUGCGAAAGCGAGGGUUAUACUGCAUAAGGAUUUUGAGGUGUAUGGGGAGGAUGUGAUGGAGGGGUUGAAGGAUGUGAAGGGGGUGAUGUGGGCGUUGGGGAUUAGUGCUACGCAGGUUGGGAAAGAAGAAUACGAACGUAUAACCCUCACUUACCCCCUCUCCUUCGCCCGCGCUCUCUCCAAAGCAACCUCCCCUGCCCCUCUAACAUUCAUCUACGUCUCCGGCGAAGGCGCCACUACUACCCCCUCCUUCCUCACCGCACACUGGGCACGCACAAAGGGCAUCGCUGAAUCGUCCCUCCUAUCUCUCUCCAAGGACCCAUCCUACUCCAACCUUCGGCCCUUCACACUCCGUCCAGGUGGCGUAGAUCCGAAAGAACAUACUGAGAUCCAUGAAUUUCUUGGACCAAGGACCUGGAUUGAGAUGUUGCUAUUGCCGCUUGUGAGGGUGAUGCCUGGUGUAAAGGGGUUGAUGAGUCCGACGAGGGAGUUGGGAAAGUUGCUGGUGCAGCUGGCGAUGGGGAAUGGGGAGGCGAUGGAUGGGACGGGCGUGAGUGGGGAGGGGAGGACAUUGAAUAAUGCUGCUAUGAGGAGGCUGGCGGGUAUUUGA